AUGCUGGGAGGUCUUCUCUUGGGUGUCUUCACAAUCGUACCUUCAUUUCUGUUCUGGCUGAUCGGGUUCCUUACCUUGACUGUGCCAGGAUGGCUCUUCUCUUUCUUCUCUACGAGCCUGACAUUCACGAUGAAUAUGACGACUCUGCUAUUGCUCCUCUUGGUCAUGGCCUCGACUGUGAGCUGGUUCGUGAGAUACAGAUUUCUGAACAUGUACUCUCGACUUCCACCAGAGCCGCAAAGGAAGGAACCGCAAGUUGAGGUCUUCCCGGACUCACAGGAGACUGAUUCGAAACCAGGACUGGCCAACUACUUCGAUGAGUUUCUCAGCGCCAUCAAAGUCUUCGGAUACCUGGAGCGACCGGUGUUCCACGAAUUGACACGGACCAUGCAGACAAAGAAGCUGAUUGCGGGCGAAACGUUGCUAUUGGAGGAAGAGAAAGGUUUCUGUCUCGUCGUGGACGGUUUGGUCCAGAUUUUUGUCAAGUCAAAUCGUGCGCCGGAACACGAUUCCUUCAAUGAGUCUGCGAUCGUUGAUGACGACCAGAAUGAUGAGCGCUCUGGGGCGAAUGGCAGCUAUCAACUUCUCACCGAGGUCAAGAAUGGCGCUCCCAUGUCUUCAUUGUUCUCAAUACUGGCCUUAUUCACAGAUAACGUCAAGCUCCGUUACGACGAGCAGGAGAAUCACAUGGCAACGAGUGCAUCCGCUGGAAACCUCAGGAACCACAUGCGUUCUGUACCACCGGAUGGUGGGACACCGGAGUUAGGCGGCUACGGUGGGUGGAAUGGACCCUCUUCGCGCCCCGAAUCCAGGCACAAUCCAGAUUCGGUGGCGAACGGAGGCAUGGCGUUCAGAGACCCGCCUCCAUUUCAUCUUGACGAGAGCAACGAAACGGGUCAGCAGCGACAAUCAAGUCGACGACCAAGUACAUCUCGAGUUGGCAGCGGCCGGGGUAAGCCAACGACCAAGGCAGGUUCGGCUCAUCCUGACAUCGUUGCGAGAGCUACUGUCGAUACAACAAUCGCCAUCAUUCCAGCGAGUGCAUUCCACCGCAUUACAAGGAUCUAUCCCAAGGCGACUGCUCACAUUGUGCAAGUCAUCCUCACGCGGUUGCAGCGUGUCACUCUUGCGACUGCAAAUUCAUAUCUCGGACUCACGAGCGAGGUUCUUCGCACGGAACGCUUGAUGGACCGCUACACGAACUAUGAUCUGCCUGAUUUCCUUCGAGGCGAAGCAUUGCAACGGCUGAAGGACAAGUUUCGCAAGGAUCAAGAGCGUGUCGGGCCCGAGGAGGGCAUGAAAGGCAUUGCACUGCACAACCCUCGUCUCGCUCAUCGGAGACGGACUAGUAGCAGCCUUCGCCGUGAUGUCGCAACGCAAGCGCGCAUGUCGGUGCGGAAUGGCAGUCUCCAUGCUGGCGAAAUGGAUGGUGAACGCAGCGGAAUGAGUGCCGGCGAUUUGCUCACCAACAUACACGCAGCACGGUCUCCCGGACGCAGAGGCCAGACCGGUAGCUUUUCUCAGCCGUACUCGGCUCCUCGACCGGCUCCCGGGGACGCCAACGAUCCUAUGAAACACCAGAAGCGCGACUCAUUCAGCAGCGGCCAUAACCCUCGAGCCGCUCUCCAUCGACAAGAAUCCAUAGACGAGGACCUUAUCUUCCGAGAGUCAAUCAUGGAAUGCAUGGCUAAAGCAAUUGGUCUGACCAACUCCAAGGAAAUCUUCCGCAGGGCAGCAUCUGCUGCCCAAUCACCACAUCUAGUCUCGUAUGACUCCAGAAAACAGAGCGCCGUCUUCAACAAUGCCUUUGGGUUUAUGGAGCCAUUUGAUGGCUCACAGGACGAUUCAGAGUCCAUGAUAUCCGCAUCGGCGUUCAGUGUGGGUGGCUCCGCAAAUAUUCUCGACGAUUUGAAGAAUGAGAUCGAGAUUGUAUUCUUCCCGAAGGAGUCGGUACUUGUUGAAGAGGGCGAGCGAAAUCCUGGAUUGUACUAUGUGAUCGAUGGCUUCCUUGAUGUCAGUGCAUCUGUCGACGCACAAGAAGCCAGCUCAAACGUACUCGGCACAAUGGCAACUUCUUCUGCGGCAGAAGACCUGCUCGGGACUGGUCAUCGACGCGCUGUGUCCAGUGCCAAAAGAUCUACUUCUGUAAGUGGUUCGGAGGCCUCUCGAAAGAAGAAGGCGGGCCAAGCAAAGAAGAGCUUGUUCUUGAUCAAGCCAGGCGGGCUCGCGGGAUAUCUUGGAACAAUCUCGUCUCACCGCUCAUUCAUCGAUGUCACUGCGAAGACCGAUGUCUAUGUUGGAUUUCUGCCUCGGAUUGCCAUUGAGAAGAUUGUCGAACGACAUCCUAUCGUACUAUUGACUAUGGCCAAGCGGAUGACAAGCCUGCUACCCAGGCUCAUUCUACACAUCGACUUCGCUCUGGAGUGGGUGCAAGUCAAUGCUGGGCAGUCAAUAUACCAUCAGAAAGAAGACAGCGAUGCUAUCUACAUCGUCCUGAACGGUCGACUGAGAGCCAUUCAAGAGAGCGACGACGGCAAGAUGAAGGUGACUGGGGAAUACGGCCAAGGCGACAGCGUGGGUGAGCUGGAAGUGUUGACCGAGACUGCUCGUUCGAGCACCUUGCAUGCGAUUCGUGAUACAGAGCUUGUGAAGUUCCCCAAGACACUCUUUAACAGCCUUGCGCAGGAGCACCCUGGCAUCACCAUCAAAGUGUCAAAGAUCAUUGCAUCUCGCAUGAGAGCACUCAUCGAGAAUCCGAUGAACGAAUCCGACAGCUACAACAAGCUCGCAGUCGAGCGUCCGAAGGUGUCCACGACGUCAAACCUUCGGACCGUCGCGAUUAUACCUUGCACAGCCGGUGUGCCUGUUGUUGAGUUUGGCAACAAACUUCACAAUGCCCUCAAUCAGAUUGGUACACCAAAUGGCGUAUCUGUGCUGAGCCAAUCGACGAUCUUGAAUCAUCUCGGCCGACAUGCAUUUAGCAAGAUGGGAAAGCUCAAGCUCUCUCAAUAUCUGGCUGAUCUUGAAGAGAAGUACGGGCUUGUCAUCUACGUCGCAGAUGCCAGCGUCAAGUCGCCUUGGACGCAGACUUGUAUCAGCCAAGCUGAUUGCAUCUACCUCGUGGGUCUCGCAGAAGGGUCUCCCGCGAUCGGGGAAUACGAGCGAUUUCUACUGACCACCAAGACCACCGCCCGGAAGGAACUGAUCCUGCUACAUACCGAGCGAUAUUGUCCCUCGGGAACCACUCGCUCAUGGAUGCGGAACAGAACUUGGAUCAACGGUGGUCAUCAUCAUGUGCAAAUGGCGUUCAGAAGUUCGCCGGAACCGGUCCACCCACCUCAGUUCAAGCGAUUCGGCACCGCCAUCAAGCAGCGAGUGCAAGUUCUGCAAGCCGAGAUUCACAAAUACACCUCGCGCAAAGUCAGACAGACUCCGCUAUACUCCGCCGAGACGCCCUUCAAAGGCGACUUCCAUCGUCUUGCGAGGAGGCUGUGCAACAAGAGUGUUGGUUUAGUGCUUGGUGGCGGAGGAGCUCGUGGCCUUGCGCAUGUGGGAAUCAUUCGCGCACUGGAAGAAGCUGGACUGCCCAUUGACAUCAUUGGUGGCACAUCGAUCGGCUCCUUUGUCGGUGCCGUCUACGCACAAGAUGCCGAUGUUGUACCAAUGUAUGGUCGGGUCAAGAAGUUUGCCGGCCGCAUGGGCAGCGUAUGGCGAUUUGCCUUGGACGUGACGUACCCCUCCGCGUCCUACACCACUGGUCACGAAUUCAAUCGCGGCAUCUUCAAGACAUUUGGCGACAGCCAGAUCGAAGACUUCUGGCUGGAGUUUUACUGCAACUCGACCAACAUCACAAAAUCCCGAUCCGAGACGCACACAAGCGGAUAUGUCUGGCGAUACGUGCGUGCAUCGAUGUCGCUGGCUGGUCUUAUCCCUCCGAUGUGUGACGAAGGCAACAUGCUACUCGAUGGAGGCUACACAGACAAUCUCACCGUUGCCCACAUGAAAGCCCUGGGCGCAGACCACAUCUUCGCCGUCGACGUCGGAGCUCUAGACGACGAUACGCCCCAAGCCUACGGCGACAGUCUCUCCGGUUUCUGGGCCUCCCUCAACCGCUGGAAUCCCUUCUCCUCCUACCCGAACCCACCCACCCUUUCCGAGAUCCAGGCUCGCCUAGCAUACGUGAGUUCAGUAGACAACCUCGAACGCGCGAAGAAAAUUCCCGGGUGCAAAUACAUGCGACCUCCGAUUGAGGCGUAUGGAACCCUGGACUUCGGCAAAUUUGACGAGAUUUAUCAGGUCGGAUAUCAGUACGGCAAGAAGUAUUUGGCGGAAUUGAGGGAGGAGGGCGUGCUUCCGGGUGUGGAGGAGACGGAAGAGAAGCGGAAUUUGAGGAGGACGAUGGCGCCGAGACGGGCUAGUAUUUGA